AUGCCAGGGGGAAUUCGUCCGCCGCCCUCGGUCAUUGAAUCCUGGCCACCGGCAAAUACCGUCAAUCCCGAAUCCCAUGGACCGGGAGCCAUCAUAGUGCCGGCCGUUUUAGGAAGCCUUGCCUUCAUCCUGAUCUGUGUUCGACUAUGGGCGCGCUGUGGAAUUCAAAGAACAGGAGGACUGGAUGAUGUCUUGAUCGCAUUGAGCCUUAUACCCACCCUAGGACUGAUCAUUACCAUUCCCCUUGGAGCCUACAAAUAUGGCCAAAACCACCACGUGUGGGACAACCCGCUGCCUAUACUUGUCAGCGAGCGGAAACUUGCGGUCGCCAGUGAGAUAUUUUAUGUGGUCUCCUCGAGUCUUAUCAAGGUCUCGGUGCUGCUCUUUUACCGUCGCAUGGGCGUGCGCACGGUCUCGCCCCGUUUCAUCACCAUUAUCUGGAUCAGUAUUGCAUCCGUCAUCGCCUACAGCAUCGCCUUUCUCGUCGUCAUCUUUGUCUCGUGCCGCCCUUUCAAGGCCUUCUGGCUCCAGGCCGACCCCGUCUGGUCCCAGACGAACGAAUGGGCCUGUUACGACGAAGCGGCCCACCUUUUCGCUGCUACGGGCAUCAGUCUCGCCCAAGACUUGAUCGCUACCAGUCUUCCGGCCUGGCUAUGCUGGAAACUCCAGCUUCCUCUCCGACAGAAGGUCGCGCUCAAUGCCAUCUUCGCGCUCGGCUAUCUCACUGCCGUCGUCGCCGGUGUCCGGAUCUAUUUCGUCUGGCGGCUGUUUUACGCCACCUACGACGCCUCCUGGGAGGCUUGGUACGCCUGGCUCUUCGGCCUCCUGGAGGUGCUUAUCGCAGCCAUUUGCUCGAGUCUGCCCGCCGUCAAGGUCUUCUUGCGUUGGUUUGAGAUCCCGUCGAGUCUGGCGGGCGUUGUUCGCACCCUCAAGAACUCCCAUUCCCAUGGCACUCGGAAUAAACAAUCUGUCUCCUCUGCUAGACCUGAGAAUUGGCGCUCUGGUGACGAUACGGAUAAAUACCCCUUGACCGAGUAUGAGAUGUACAGUGGGUCGGAGUUGAAGUCGGCUCCUGGGAGCGUCAGCGAACCGAAGUCGACGUCACCUAUGGAGCUGUCGCUAAAUUCUCAGACGGCAGCUUCUCAUGUUUAG